AUAUGUUGUUCUAUCGUUAGUUUACAACGAUGUGAUACCAUUCGUAUGGUUGGACGAUUUUGCGCAAACACACAGAGCACAACACUGUUCAAGUGGUUAUCCUACGGUUGUUUUGAUAAUAAUGUAAUUUGCUAGUGUCAGUGCGAAAUACACAAAAUUUUGAUAAAUCAGAUACAUUUACGUUCCGAGAUAUUUUUCCGAAAUUUAAAUAUUUUUGUGUGUUGUUAAUAAAAUAAAAAAAAAUGUUGAAUCACUGCUUAACGAGGCUGGCUGUUGGUUCGACGACAACGCAUUUAUUUCACUCACGCAACAUGCAUCUACUUCUCAAUAAAACAUUGGUGAACGGUGAUUGGAUUUCGGCGAGUUCCAAAAAAGAACUGGCUGUUUUGAAUCCGGUCAACGGUAGUGUCGUUGGAAAUGUACCGGAUAUGGAUGCCAGUGAUACUCAAAAAGCUAUUGAUUCUGCCAGUAAAGCAUUCUAUUCGAAGGAAUGGUACGGUCUAACAGCUAAAGAUCGGUCUAGUUUACUCAAGAAAUGGUUCAAUCUUCUUGAAGUAAAUAAGCAGGAAAUUGCUAACAUUAUGACGGCUGAAUCGGGAAAACCGAUAACCGAAUCGUUGGGAGAAAUUGCCUAUGGUAAUUCGUUCGUGGAAUGGUUUGCUGAAGAAGCUCGGCGAAUUUAUGGAGAAAUUGUACCGAGUCCCCAUCCACAAAAGCAAAUUUACAUUACAAGAGAGCCAAUUGGUGUCGCAGCUUUAAUUACACCGUGGAAUUUUCCUCAUGCCAUGAUAACGAGAAAAGCAGCUGCUGCCUUGGCUGCUGGUUGCACCGUUGUCAUAAAACCGGCUGAGGACACCCCACUCACUUGUCUAGCUUUAGCUAAAUUGGCCGAAGAAGCCGGUUUUCCGAAGGGAGUUGUUAAUGUCAUCACAUGCAGUCGAUCGAAUGCACCUUCCGUUGGUGACCUUCUGUGCAAAAGCCCGUUAGUUGCUGGUAUAUCAUUCACUGGUUCGACUGAAGUUGGUCGACUGUUGUAUGAAAAGUGUGCAUCCGGCAUCAAGCGCGUUGGUCUUGAGCUAGGUGGCAAUGCCCCGUUCAUCGUUUUCGAAAGCGCUGAUCUGACCAAAGCUCUUAACGGGGCCUUGGCAUCGAAAUUUCGAAAUUGUGGCCAGACGUGCAUAUCAUCGAAUCGCUUCCUUGUGCACGAAAGUUUAGUCGACGAAUUCGUAGCUAGGCUGACAGCCGCAGUGAAUGGUCUAGUCAUUGGGGACGGUAAAGAGAGUAAUGUUCAGAUUGGACCUUUAGUUAAUGAUGCCCAACUGAAAAAGGUCAGUGCUAUCGUGGCUGAUGGAGUGUCGAAAGGGGCUAAGGUCAUCGUAGGCGGUAAAGCGUUACCCGACAAGGGCCAGUUAUAUUACGCACCAACAAUUAUGACUAACAUUCAACCAAAUAUGCGACUUUACACUGAGGAAAUAUUCGGACCCGUUGUGUCGAUCAUAACGUUCAAGACCGAAGACGAAGCAUUGAGAAUUGCCAACGAUACACGACGUGGCCUGGCCGGAUAUUUCUUUAGUGAGAAUAUAAGUCAAGUGUUCCGUGUUGCUCGACGAUUAGAAGUCGGUAUGAUUGGUAUCAAUGAUGGAGCUAUAUCUGCUGCUGAGGCGGCUUUUGGCGGAGUGAAAGAGUCUGGCAUUGGUAGGGAAGGCUCAAAGCAUGGAAUUGAUGAUUAUGUUGAAAUGAAAUAUUUGUGUCUGGGUAAUUUGGAAUAAAAAUUGUUUUGAGUCCGGUAUUGAAGUACCGACGUCUUCCAUUAUAUUACUAGCGUCUAGGCCAUUAAUCGAUUAAAUUGCAUUAAGUGUAAAAUGUCUUCCAAAUACUUGUUAUCAUUGAGAUUACGAAAUUGUUAUGUAAAGAAGUCAUGAAUGAAAUUGAGAUAAGGUUUAAUUAAAUUAGCAACGUAGGUUGCACGUAUGCAUUCAAUAAA